AUGGCAGCAUCCUCCUCGCCGCGGGCGACCGGCGUGCGCGGCACAUCACUACGGUCUUGCGGCCAGAGCCAGGCGACGCCUUGCGCGUCGGCGUCAUCGGCGGCGGGGUUGGGCGCGCAGGCCCCUGCGGCGGUCGCCGUGCUGCCCCGGGCGUUGCGGCUCGCGCCCGCGCCGCCGGAGCCGCCCUGGGUCGAGCUGCUGCUGGCCUUGCCGCGCCCCAAGGUCAUGAUGCGGCUCUGGUCAACGCUGGCGCAGCUCGGCGUGCGGCGGAUCACUCUGACGAACGCGUGCCGCGUCGAGAAGCCCUACUUCUCCUCGCAGGCCACCGAUCCGGCCAAGUACGUGCCGGAGCUGCUCGAGGGGCUCGAGCAGGCGUGCUGCACCAGAAUGCCCGAGGUGCGGGUGGAGAUGCGGUUGAAGCCCUUUUUGGAGGACGCCCUCGACUCGCUGUGCCCGCCCAGCGAGGUGCUUCGACUGCUCUGCCACCCCGGCCCUGCCUCGGCGUCCGUCGCGGAGGCCGUCGCCGCAGCGCGACCCGCCGCGCCGGGGCCGCCCCGCCGGACGGGGCCGCCCCCGCGAGGGGUGCUGCUGGCGGUCGGGCCAGAGGGCGGCUGGGUCGACUACGAGCUGGAACUGCUUCGGUCGCGGGGCUUUGAACAGGUGUCCCUCGGGCCCCGCAUCCUGACCACCGACGUUGCAGUCGUGUCGCUGGUCAGCCUCGCAAUGGACGCCCUGGCGGCAUCCUCCCGGGCCGCCGCUCCCGCGCCAGAGCCCCACCUGGCGCCGCCCAGCGCGCUGCCGCCAGCAGAUCCCGAGCAGGCGCUGCGGGCGCCGCCGUUGCAACAGGUGGAAGCCAGCGCCGCAGAGGCUUACGGCAAUGCCGCAAGAUCCUCCGAGGACCGCCUUAGGUUGGCCGCGGAUCGACUCCAGCAGCGCCAGGAAACCGCGGAGGCUCUCUCGGUUGAUUUGGUCACGCUGCGCGAGCAACUGCGGGAGCGCGAGGCUACGUCCUCUGCCCUGCAGCUGGAAGUCGCGCAACUGCAGGCCGAGGUUGCUGCUGCACGUGCGGCGGUGUUGGCCGAGCCUGCCAACUGGCGGGCGCCCGCCGACGUCGACAGCUGGGAAGCGCCGGCCGAGGCGAAGUCUUGGGCGGCGCCCGCGGAAGUGAGCGCCUGGGCCGAGGGGAGAUGA